CAUUUUCCAAUUCCAAUUGCGAUUGGGUUUCGUUUCGUUAAUCGUUGAGAACAGAACAGAUGGACACAGUGACGGCGAGAUUGUCACUCCCUCUCCCUCAGGUUCCGCUGCGUACGGUUCCCCUCACUCAACACUGGUGGGCCAGAAAGAGCUUCUCCUCUCCUCCUCCUUCUCAGGUUCAAAGAAGAACAAGAAGCGCCGUUCUUGUCCGCUUCCGCAAUUAUUCUUCUGCGGUUCCUCGAUUUUCAGUGACUUGCGGUGCGGUUACGGAGAUCAAUGAGAGCCAGUUCCAAGAAACGGUCUUGAAGGCUAACCGUCCGGUUCUUGUUGAGUUCGUGGCUAACUGGUGCGGUCCUUGCCGUCUCAUAUCUCCCGCUAUGGAAUCCCUCGCUCAGGAAUAUAAAGAGAGAUUAGCGGUUGUUAAGAUUGAUCAUGAUGCGAAUCCACGGCUAAUCGAAGAGUAUAAAGUUUAUGGAUUGCCAACAUUGAUACUCUUCAAGAACGGGGAAGAAGUUCCUGAAAGCAGAAGGGAAGGUGCAAUUACAAAAGCGAAACUUAAAGAGUAUCUUGAUGCUUUAUUGGAAUCCAUAUCAGUUCCAUAGCCAUUAUAUAUAUAUAUUUCUCAAAAUUCUCACCUGUUCUGCAAAACGUGCGAUACAGAAGCAGAUCUAUUUCUCUGUUGAAAAACAGGUUUGUACACUUUUAGUCAUUUGUAUAAUCUAUAUCAUUUCUGAAGCUGCAAAUACUGCAUGAUUUAAAGCAAGAUUUUGCUGAAGGUUUUCUCCCUUUCUUUCCCCCUCUCUCUCUCUCUCUCUCUCUCUUGUUUUUCAAGGAUGAAUUCUUAGUUCUUUAAUAAAAUUAUGAAAAAAUAUUAUUAAAUUAAAAAAAUUACAUAAUGUUUUACGAUAUUUAUUAUAUUUUAGUUAAAAUUGUGUUAAAAAAAUAUAUUAAAGAGUGUUUAAAAAAUGUAUUACAGAGUAUAUUAUUGACAUAUAUUCUCUUGAUAUUAUUAACACUAAUACUAUUAUUGAAAACGGGUAAACAUAAUAAUUUGAAGAAAAAUUAUCCUGCAAAGAAUUGUAAAAAAAUUAUAUACCUUCAAAAAAAUGCAGAGCAUGAAAUAUUAGCU